UAGUCCAUACAUGGCUUACAUCCAGCCUGCAUCUGGAGAUUGUAAUCCAGAUAAGGUUAAAGCGUAUGGUCCCGGACUAGAGAAGACUGGAUGCAUAGUCAAUAAUCCAGCAGAAUUUUAUGUCGAUCCAAGAGAUGCCGGGACGGCACCUUUAAAAUUUUUUGCCCAGGUGAAUAUUGGUCAAGGUAGUCACCCACAAAAUGUGAAAGUUUUUGGCCCGGGUGUGGAGAAGACUGGUCUGAAGGCAAAUGAUCCAACACACUUUACGGUGGACUGUACGGAGGCUGGAGAGGGGGACGUAAGCGUCAGAAUCAAAUGCGAUGCCCAUGUGAUCAGUGAUGAAGAAGAGGACAUUGAUUUUGAUAUCAUCCCCAACGCCAAUGACACCUUUACUGUCAAAUACAUGCCCCCUGGCGCUGGGCGGUACACCAUUAAGGUUCUGUUUGCUGGAGAGGAAAUCCCAUUCAGAAUCAAAGUUGAGCCCUCACACGAUGUCAGCAAAGUGAAGGCUGAAGGUCCUGGGCUGAAUAAAUCUGGUGUUGAAAAUGGAAAACCCACGCACUUCACCGUCUUUACCAAAGGAGCUGGAAAAGCCCCUGUUGAUGUCAAGUUCAGUGGACCCUCCGCAGGAGACGCCGUGAAAGACUUUGAAGUGAUCGAUAACUGUGAUUACUCCCACACCGUCCGAUACACUCCAGUCCAACAGGGCAAGAUGAAAAUAGAUGUGCAUUAUGGAGGAGACCCUAUUCCUAAAAGCCCAUUCUCUGUUGGGGUUGCUGCUCCUUUGGACCUGAGUAAGAUAAAGAUCAAUGGACUAGACAGUAGGGUGGAAGUAGGUAAGGACCAGGAAUUUAACGUAGACACGAAGGGUGCUGGUGGCCAAGGUAAAGUGGAUGUGAAAAUUACGAGUCCCAGCAAGAAACAUGUCCCUUGUUUGGUGGAGCCUGUUACCGGCAAGGAAUGCAGCUCUGUAAAGUAUAUCCCCAAGGAAGAAGGUGUGUACAAUGUGGAGGUAAACUACGAUGGAAACCCAGUACCUGGAAGUCCAUACAGUGUGGAAGCCACCUUACCUCCUGAUCCCACAAAGGUGAAAGCGUAUGGACCAGGCUUGAAAGGAGGCCUUGUUGGAAAACCAGCUGAAUUUACAAUUGAUACUAAAGGAGCAGGGACUGGAGGUCUGGGCUUAACUGUUGAAGGACCUUGUGAAGCCAAGAUUGAAUGUUCUGAUAAUGGUGAUGGUACCUGCUCAGUUUCAUAUCUGCCAACGACACCUGGAGAAUACUUUGUGAACAUUCUCUUUGAGGAGACUCAUAUCCCAGGGUCUCCAUUCCAGGCCGACAUCGAAAUGCCCUUUGAUCAUACUAAAGUAAUUGCAACUGGUCCUGGGUUAGACCACAGUAAAGUAGGGAAGGCUGGCUUGAUUCACGUGGACUGUUCACAAGCAGGUCCCGGAGUACUCACGAUGGAAGCAGUGUCUGAUUCUGGUUCCAAAGCGGAGGUCUACAUUCAGGAUAACAGCGAUGAAACCCAUAGCAUCACCUACGUUCCAAUGUUUGCUGGCAUGUAUACAUUGUCCAUGAAGUAUGGAGGAGAACAAGUGCCAAAGUUUCCAGCUAGGGUUAAGAUUGACCCAUCAGUGGAUACCAGUAAAAUCAAAGUGUUUGGACCUGGAGUGGAAGGAGAGGGCGUAUUUAGAGAAGCUACAACCAAUUUUACUGUGGAUGCCCGAUCUCUGACUCGAACCGGGGGGAAUCACAUCAAGACCAAGAUCUCAAAUCCAUCUGGAGCCUCCACAGAUUGCGAGGUCACAGAUAAGGGUGAUGGGACUUAUGAGGUGGAGUACACGCCUUUUGAAAAAGGUGUCCUCGCAGUGAAGGUAACCUAUGACGAUGAACCUGUCCCUAAAAGUCCAUUUAAAGUUGGCGUAACGGAAGGAUGUUUCCCUUCGCGUGUAAAGGCCGAGGGUCCGGGGCUCCAGGAGGCUCUUGCUAACAAACCAAAUGCCUUUUCUGUUAUCACACGAGGCGCUGGAAUUGGUGGUCUCGGAAUAACAGUCGAGGGUCCCUCAGAAUCCAAAAUGUCUUGUAAGGACAAUAAGGAUGGAAGCUGCAGUGUAGAAUAUAUUCCUUAUGCUCCUGGAGACUACGAUGUUAAUAUCACGUAUGACGGGGAACAAAUUCCAGGUAGUCCAUUCAAGGUUCCUGUAAAACAUAUCGUAGACCCCAGCAAAGUGAAAGUAUCUGGCAUUGGACUUGGAAAUGUUGUACGGGCUAAAAUUCCACAGCAGUUUACAGUAGACGCCAGCAAAGCUGGAAUUGCCCCUCUUAGUGUUGAAGUAACUGGACCAAGAGGCCAGGCACAGAGGUUGGAGAUAACAGAUAAUGGAGAUAGGACACACACUGUGGCCUAUACGCCAAGUGUCGAAGGUCCCUACACUGUUUCUGUCCAGUAUGCAGAGGAAGAGAUUCCUCGUAGUCCUUUCAAAGUUAAAGUUCUUCCUACAUAUGAGGCCAGCAAAGUGACGGCCAGCGGCCCGGGUCUGAGCUCCCAGGGGGUUCCUGCCAGUCUUCCCGUUGACUUUGCUGUUAAUGCUAAGGAUGCCGGAUUAGGAGACCUCUCUGUUCAGAUCACUAACCAGGAAGGUAAACCAAAGAAGGCUCAAAUCCUGGACAACAAGGAUGGAACCUAUGCCGUAUCCUACGUUCCUGAUAAAACUGGACGCUAUAAGGUUGCUGUAAAAUACGGUGGCGAGGACAUACCAUAUUCUCCGUACAGAAUUAAGGCAGUGCCCUCAGGAGAUGCCAGCAAGUGUACAGCUACAGGGCCUGGAAUCCAACCAGCUGUGAAGACCGGUGAAGAGGUUGGUUUUGUGGUUGAUGCCACCACUGCUGGAAAAGGAAAGGUGACUUGUAGCAUACUAGAUCCAGAUGGUCUAGAAUCCGAAGCCAAUGUCAUCGAGAAUGAGGAUGGAACCUACGACAUCUUUUACACCACUGCCAAAACUGGGCCCUACGUUAUUCACGUCUGCUUUGGUGGAGUGGACAUCCCCAACAGCCCCUUCACAGUUAUGGCUACAGAUAAAGUCCCAGUAGUGGCUCAGCAGCAGAGUGUUAGUGCCUGUCCCCCAGGCUAUGAACCCUUGGUGUCAGAAUCUGCUUAUGCACCGGUUGGUUCUAUGAAUGGUAUGGGAUUCAAGCCUUUCGAUCUGGUUAUCCCAUUUGACAUAAGGACUGGAGAGAUAACUGGUGAAGUCAUCAUGCCCUCGGGGAAGACCGCCCCUGCAGAUAUUGUUGCUAACAAGGAUGGCACUGUGUCUGUUCGUUAUGUACCGACAGAGACCGGACUCCAUGAACUACACAUCAAGUGUAAUGGAGUCCAUAUUCCAGAGAGCCCAUUGCAGUUUUAUGUUAACUAUCCCAACACCGCAAUUGUUUCCGCAUAUGGACCUGGUCUUAGCUAUGGUGUUGCAAACAGGACAGCCACAUUCACCAUUGUAACUGAAGAUGCAGGGGAAGGUUGCCUUGAUCUGGUCAUUGAAGGCCCCUCGAAAGCCGAAAUUAGCUGCAUUGACAGCAAGGAUGGGACAUGCAGUGUCACCUACCUGCCGACCUUACCUGGCGACUACAGCAUCCUGGUCAAAUACAACGAUACUCACAUCGCAGGAAGCCCAUUUAUCGCUAAAAUCACCGAUGACAGCAGGAGACGUUCCCAAGUCAAACUGGGGUCCACGGCCGAUUUCUUACUGGAUAUCAGCGAGACCGAUCUGAGCCUGCUGACGGCCAGCAUUAAGGCUCCAUCUGGUCACGAUGAGCCGUGUAUCCUGAAGAGGCUUCCCAAUAACCAUAUUGGUAUCGCUUUCAUUCCAAGAGAAGUAGGAGAACAUUUGGUUAGCAUCAAGAAAAAUGGUCACCAUGUUCCCAACAGUACUAUAUCCAUCAUGGUAUACCAGUCUAAGAUAGGAGAUGCCAGCAAGGUGAAGGUCUAUGGACCAGGGUUAACGACUGGAUGUACAUAUGAGAUGUCAGAUGUUGUGGUGGACACGAGAGAAGCUGGUUAUGGUGGACUCUCAUUAGCUGUCGAAGGACCCAGCAAAGUUGAUAUUCAAACUGAAGAUUUGGAUGAUGAUACCUGCCAGGUGUCUUACUGUCCAACCGAGCCAGGAAUUUACAUUGUAUCCAUCAAAUUUGCAGAUGAGCAUGUCCCAGGAAGCCCCUACACGGCCAAAGUAACUGGAGAAGGAAGGGUGAAGGAGAGCAUUACACGGCGCAUAAAGGCUCCUUCUGUUGCUACGGUGGGGGGCAUUUGUGAGCUUAAUUUAAAAAUUCCAGAAAUCAACAUGCAUGAACUGUCUGCUGAAGUCACCAGCCCCUCGGAAAGGACCGAUGAGGCCAAAAUAGUUGACCUUGGCCACAAUACCCGUUGCGUGCGCUUUGUUCCUCAAGAGAUGGGAGUGCACACCGUGAGCGUCAGAUACAGAGGGGAGCACGUGCCAGGAAGUCCUUUCCAGUUUACUGUGGGGCCACUUGGAGAAGGAGGAGCUGAGAAAGUCAAAGCUGGAGGCCCUGGCCUGGAGAGAGGAGAAGCUGGUAUUCCAGCUGAAUUCAACAUAUGGACACGGGAAGCAGGUGCUGGGGGACUUUCCAUUGCUGUCGAAGGGCCAAGCAAAGCAGAGAUUUCCUUUGACGACCGGAAGGAUAGAUCCUGUGGGGUUUCAUACGUUGCUCAAGAGCCUGGUGACUACGAAGUGAUCAUCAAGUUCAACGAUGAGCAUAUCCCGCAAAGCCCAUUCAUGGUUCCAAUCAUCGCCCCCUCUGAUGACGCCCGCAGGCUUACUGUCUCUAGUCUUCAGGAGUCUGGCCUGAAGGCCAAUCAGCCGGUGUCAUUUGCCAUCAGAAUGAAUGGCGCGAAGGGCAAGAUUGAUGCCAAGGUGCACAGUCCUUCGGGAGCUGUGGAGGAAUGCAAUUUUUCUGAGCUGGAACCAGAUAAGUAUGCAGUGCGUUUCAUUCCCCGGGAAAAUGGCACACACACUAUUGAUGUCAAAUUUAAUGGAAGCCACGUGCCUGGCAGCCCCUUCAAGGCGCGAGUGGGAGAACCAGGACAGGAGGGUGACCCAGCUCUUGUGACGGCGUAUGGCGCUGGACUGGACAGAGGUGUUACAGGUAAAUUAUCUGAAUUCACAAUCAACACUACUAAAGCUGGACCCGGGGCCCUUUCUGUCACCAUCGAAGGUCCUUCAAAGGUGACCAUGGAAUGUAAGGAGUGUCCUGAAGGAUACAGAGUGCUCUAUACUCCAAUGGCCCCUGGGAAUUACAUGAUUGGAGUGAAAUAUGGAGGCCCCAAUCACAUCCUUGGCAGUCCAUUCAAAGCUAAAGUAACAGGUCAGCGACUAGUCAGUGUUGGCGGUGUCAGUGAGACGUCAUCGAUAAUCGUGCAGUCCCGCGCCUCCACAGAGACCGUAUACAGUGCGCUGCCUAGGUUUGCUUCAGAUGCCAGUAAAGUCACAUCCAAAGGAGCAGGUCUGUCGAAAGCAUACUUGGGCCAGAAGAGCAGCUUCACUGUAGACUGCAGUAAAGCAGGUUCUAACAUGCUAUUAGUUGGUGUACAUGGGUCCACAAUACCUUGUGAGGACAUCUCAAUAAAACAUCUUGGAAGUAAGCAAUAUAACGUCUUCUACCACGUCAAGGAGAAAGGAGAUUACACUCUGGUUGUAAAGUGGGGAGAGGAACACAUCCCUGGCAGCCCCUUCCAUGUCACCGUCCCAUAAUGUAGAGAACCUCCCAAAUCAGGAUUCAGCAAGGAGAAGAGAUUGUCGUCAUUUGAUCGCGCGGAGCUGACAUCUGCAGAUUGUAUGAAGUGGAAAGACUUCCAGUGUAAUUUUAUAUGUGACUCUUUUUUUAUACUAGGGAAUUGGAAAAAUUGUAUGUGUGUUUUAGGUGUCAAUUUGGUAAUUUAAUAGCAAAUCUCUACUGCUGGAAGGGCUUAUUAUUUAUACUUGUCGAUAUUGUGUAACUCCUCCGAUGCCAAGUAGAAUAACCUGUUCCUGGUAAAUUGAAUGAAUCAUUUAAGAAGGGGACCAAUGACAUUUGUCUAAGGAUCAAUAUGAAAUAAAACUGGAAUUAUUUC